AAUUCAGAAAAAAAUGACUUCCUGAUUGAUGGUUUUCCUCGCAACCAAAACAAUCUAGAAGGUUGGAACAAGCAGAUGGGAGAAAAAGUUAAUUUGAAGUUUGUUCUUUUCUUCAAUUGCCCUUUGGAAGUAUGUACCCAGCGUUGCCUUGACAGAGGGGCAGCUGGUUCAGGGCGUUCUGAUGACAACAUGGAAUCUUUAAAAAAGAGAUUUGACACCUACAUGAAUGCCACAAUGCCCAUCAUAGAGCAUUAUGAAGCACUGAACCUUGUUCAAACAAUUGAUGCAACUCGAUCUCCAGAAGAAGUUUUUGAAGAUGUGAAACCACUCUUCAGCUAAAUCCAGUGCAUUGUAUAAUGAUCAGUGAAGAAGACACAGCAUACCUGCUUUAUAAUGAAUUACAAGAUUCUUCUGGAAUCUUCAUGAUGCACUUUAGCAGUUGAAAAGACAGAAUUCCAAACAGGUUUGUAGGGACCGUAAUACAUGUAGUAGCAUAUACAAUAUUCAUCAAGGUACUCUCAUUGUUCAUUUUUACCUAAAUGUUAAGAUACACAAAAUGUUUUAAGUGGUUGUCUGUGUUAUAAUAUAGUAAAUAUUUCUUUGGUUAUUUCUGUACCUGCUUCCUUGAAAGUGUGUACUUACUAAGGUGCACCACAUUUGUUACAGAGAACUUUCAAUUUAUAUUUAUUCCUGGAAUCA